AUGGAUCGUUCUAAGAAGCCCGCUGCCAUCGGUGUGGGUGCGUCUCUCCCACAGCCUAGCAUCUCCAUCAAGGAUAACACUAUCUCGGCCAGCCUGCCCUCCGGCGAGUCCGUCACUAUCCAUCUCUACGGCGCCACAGUCACCUCAUGGAAGGCCAAUGGUCAGGAACAGCUCUUCGUGAGCCAAAAGGCCCAUCUGGAUGGCUCUAAGCCUAUUCGCGGAGGUAUUCCGCUCGUUUUCCCGGUCUUCGGCCCUCCUCCCCAGAACCACGUCACCUCUCCCCUCCCCCAACACGGCUUCGCUCGUAACUCCAACUGGGAAUUUCUCGGAAAGUCCUCCUCCGAAUCAGCCGAAACCGCUGGCCAGGAGAAAGCCGAUCUAGCCGUAAAGCUGGACUUCGGAUUGUCGCAUACCAUGUUGACCGAGGAGUUCCGCAAGGCCUGGCCCCUCGAGUUUGGCCUUGUAUACAGCGUUACCCUCACCAAGGAUACACUAGAGACAUCGCUGCAGGUUCGCAACGAGGGAACCCAGAAUUUCGAGUUCCAGGUCCUCAUGCACACCUACUUUAACAUCGAGAACAUCUCGAACGUCCGUGUCAAGGGCCUCGACUCGAAGACCUACGUCGACAAGACCCGCAACGCAACCUCGCACACCGAGACAUCCGCCGCGCUGGCAAUUACCGAAGAAACCGACCGUGUCUACAAAGAGCUGGACCCCGCAGUACCCGUCAUCAUUUCAUCCGCCGACGAUGACAAGCCAAUCUUCUCACUCACCCGCAAGGCCCUUACUGACGUUGUUGUCUGGAAUCCCUGGAUCGAGAAGGCCAAGGGUAUGGCGGACUUUGGCCCGGAUGAGGCCUACCAGAAUAUGCUUUGCGUAGAAGCUGGCGCGGUAUCUGGCUGGCAGACUCUUGAGGCCGGAGAGGCUUGGGAGGGCGGUCAAACUAUCAAGUCUCGUCUGUGA